CAAACGCAAGGUUAAAAACAAAACAACGUGAAUCACAAAUUUUAACAAAGUUUGCAGAUAUAACGUAUAUAUAAUUUACUAUAGAUCUCUUAUUGCUUAUAAUAUUCAGAAAACAUGGAAAACGGAGAAAGAAGGUUACUUUCGGUUAAAGCCAGCCAUGGUUCUACGAUAAAACGUUUCAACGUACCGACUGACUGCACGUACAGGGAUUUGUUGUCUGUGCUCAAAAAUGUCUUUGAGGAUGAAAUUAAGACAGUAAAAUUUCAAGAUGAAGAUCAAGACUUGAUAUCAUUAUCCACAGAAGAUGAGUUUACAGAAGCUUUGAAAACUGUGCCAAAAACAGGAGGAAUCAUGAGAUUGUAUCUCAAUUCUGCUGAAAUAAAGCAAGGAAGAGUCAAAUGCGCUUCAGAUAAUCAAAUCUCUAAUGCUAAAGAUGCAUUAGCUGAAUGUUCUGGUGAGUUCUUGAUGCAAGCUGACGUUAGAAAGCAGAAAAAGCAGACAAUAUUGGCAUCGGACAUUUCAGUUAAUGAGGAUAUAACAGAGAACAGAAAAAAAUCAGUUCCUCAUAAAAUUGAAUCUGCGUCAAAACUGUCUAAAGACUUGAAAUUUACUAGUUCGGAGGUAACAGGACGCAUUCCAGUUCUUACAUCCGCGUCAGAGCAAUGCAUGGAACUAAAUUAUAUCUCACAGAAGCCAGUCUGUAGAAAAUUCAGAAGAAUGUCAUCCAAUACUCUUUCGUCAACGUCAGAUAAAAAUGAUAAAAGGUCCAGCAGAAGCAACAUGCAAAAAAAGAAAAAGAAACAUGGACAAAGAGUCUUGAGUUCUUCUUCAAGUUCAAGCUCAUCAUCAAGUGGAUCAUCCACCUCAUCUUCUUCCUUGUCUUCAUCAUCAGAAAGUAGUUCUGAUGAAUGUGGAAAGAUGACCAAAAGAAAAAAGAAGAAACACAUUCAAGCAGCAAUGAUAAAUGAGAUACUUCGUAAAUUUGAAAAGGAAAUGCAUGAGAAAUUUUCUGAGGAAGUUAAGAAAUAUAUCAGUGACAUGAAAGGUGAAAUCACUCAAUCAAUCCUUCAGCAAUUGGAAGGUGCUGUCAUACAAUCAAUAACUACACCAAAUGCAUCAGCUGAAAACUAUGUUGCAAACAAUUUUGGUGAAGAUUCUGCAAGAGUGAAGUACCACCAUCAAAACGUAAUAUGUGAUCAUUGUGAUGGUAGUAUUGUUGGACCACGAUACAAAUGUGGAAAUUGCAGUGAUUAUGAUUUAUGCGAGAUGUGUGAACAAAUUGAUGGAAUUCAUACGCCGAGUCAUGUGUUUCUAAAACUUUACUAUCCCACAGCUUCUGCUGGACAAAAAGUUGGACAUCUGCAGCCAUUACUGCGAGGAAACAUUUACGAAGAAAGAGAAACUGAAAGAGAAAAGGAGGAUUUAUUGCAACGAAAGUUUGACAGUGGGUCGGAGUUAAAUAUCAUGGAAAAGGUGGAAAAACAAAGAAAGAAAAAUAAAGAAGCAGAGAAAGCAAGAGAACUUUUAAGAGCUGCAAGGAAGAAGGAAUGGAAGAAGAUAAAGAAUGAGUUUAAGAAGAACAAGAAAGAGCAGUCCAAAAAGUAUAUGAGACGAACUAAACUACAACAACAAGAGACUACAAUUUCCAAUGAAACCUUUCAUUUUGAAGUGAAUGACCCUCCAAAAGUACAGAGAGUGGUUUCAACUGAUACAAACUCAUUAAAAGAUGAUAAUUUAACCACAGCUUUAUCUGGUCUACAAAUAGUGCAAACUUCUCAGGAAGCUCUAACGAACAACGAAGGAAAGGUUGAAGGUCUAUUUGUAGAAGAAGUUGCUUGCAAUAAUGAGGCAGAACUUUGUGAGGCCGACAAGAACUUUUCUUUGGACUAUGAAAGUGAUCGUACAUCGAGUGAUGUAAUGGUAAUACAGAAGAGUGAGAUUCCAUUACCUAUGGAAAUUUUACAAGGUAAUAAAGCUGCUGCAGGCUGUUCUACUAAACCAGACUUGGUGGAUUUUAAUAAAGAUAUUGACACAGAAGAAUUUAUCGUCGUGCCAAAAUGUUUUGACUUGAAUUCACCAUUAGAUGCGGAACAAUUUUUAGAGUACCAGGGUAUUAAUUCUUAUGACAGCAAUGUUUUUGAAUCAUUCAAUCAAUUCUCGCCUUCUGUGAGUGUAAACGAAGGUGAUAUUGGAUCAUGCAAUCAAUUUUCACCUUCUGUGAGUGUAAACGAAGGUGAUAUUGAAUCAUGCAAUCAAUUCUCACCUGUUAAUGAAGGUGAAAUGCCAGUUGAUCUUGUUGCUUCUGUACCACCAGUUGAGAGAUCCCCACCUGAUAUUGCGUCUUUUGAACCGCCAUGCAACUUAAACCUAAUGGACGAAAGCAUUACUGAGCCUGAGAAAUCAAAUUCACCCAUUAUGUCGCCCGAACCGGCAUCUCCAACUGUUGUGAUGACACAGCCAGAUUAUCCUGAAGAUGUUAUCUCUACUCAGCCAUCACUGCAUGAUGAGAUCAUGAUAAUACGAAAGAAAACAGACGCUGUCUUGUCUCCACCCAGCCCAGUUGAACCAAGGACAUUACUUGAGCAAGCUAAAGAAAUAACAAACAACUCUGAUCCAUCUGUUCCACUAGUCACAGAAGUUAAUGUCAACGAAUCUGAAUCUAACAACCAAUUAGAUUCCAUCACAGAAUCUCAAAUGAUAAGAGAAGAACAACUCAGAAGGAAAGAGAUGGAAAUUUAUCGGCUGGAGAAAGCUCGCGAACCUUCUCCCACUCUGUCUGUGUUCAACCCUCCAUCAGUGAAAUUUACACAACAAAUUCGACAACGACCAGAAGAAAUUAAAACUGAGAAGGAUCCUUCAUUCGGUGAAGCGUUAACUGAUGUUAUGGCGAGUGUUGUGGAUGCAGCAGCCAGUGCUGCAUCUGCCGUCGGUAACACUGUGGGAAACAUCGUUAGCUUAAACAGCAAAUCACCUCCCAAAGUUCAGUAUCGAGAAGGAGAAGUUGAAGUAUCGAUGCCACCGCCGGUUGCUACACCGUUUAAAGAUGGAGAUAAAGAUAGUAUGGUUCAACUCUUGGAGAUGGGAUUCUUUGACCGAGAGAUGAACGAGAAGCUAUUAAAGAAACACAAAGAUAAUGUCGGCAGCUGCAUUGAGGAACUCCUAGCAUCAAACGAUAACGCGUGGCACCAAACCCGGCAUUGAUUAUAUUAUCGAGAACAAUUCGCCUCUGUUAUCCAGUUACAAUUGUGACGAUUAUAUUAGUUGUGUUGGUUUUAGUAAACAAAAUUGUAUUUGUGUGGACGCUUAAUGUUUUUUUUUUUUUACCGUCAUUUUUUGAUGGUUUUAGCUAAUAGAAGAUAAAAACACUGAACGAAAAAUUGUUAUAAUGACUUUAAUACGCGCACAUAAAAAGUGUAAAAAUAAUUUAAAAGUCUUGGUAACUUAGUACUUAGACCUUGAAACUCUUUAAUUUUAACACAUCUCAAAAUACUGUUUGAUUUGAAAGCAUUUAUUUAAAAUUAUGUAUAUACGUGAGACUGCUUUUUGAAACGUCUGUAUUGUCUUUUCUUACUAUAAUUAUUCCGGUGGUAGUAAUCUGUUUUAGCACUCAACGAGUGUGACCAUGAUAUAACUUUUAAACCACAUGUGUGGUGAUAAGAUACUUGGGAACAUCAUUAUGUAAUUAUUGUAAAAUUUCAAAUUUUGUGCUCUUUACUUUUUCUUUUUUUUUUUUCUCUUUCUUAAAAGUUACGAUAGCAGGUAGCUUGAAAUAAAAUAAAAAUGCAGGCUGUGAUAUCUCAAGGUCGAAUUUGAUUCGUUGAGCGGGUGAUUCUGACUGAUAUUGUAUUAUAUAUUUCUGUAUGUAAAUAAAUAUAUGUAAAAAGUAUUCUUUUUUUGUUCAA